UUUGAUGACACUCCCUGCCACCGGUAAUUUUUCAUUAUAUCGACUCUCCAGCAGAAACCGCGCCUGCGCUCCUGCUCCCUUCCGAACAAGGCUUCACCAAUCCUGGCUCUGGCUCCAUCCCCGGCUCGGCGUCUCACAGGCCAGUGCUAAUAAGUCGCCUAGCUGUCCAGUAAUGGGGAAGUGAGAGGGAGACGCUGCUGUCUGACAAGCCGUGAGGAAGUUGAGGAGUGCAGGGAAGCUCCGCUCCGCGCCGGACCGGACAUCUCCACAGAGACACAUCGUACAGUUGCUGUUGUUGAGAAACCUAAAAAUCGCAUAGUGAUGGAGAGAAAGCGUCCUGGCAUGCCGUCUGGAGCGAGGAUGCCCCACCAGGGAGCUCCCAUGGGCCCCCCCGGCCCACCUUACGGAGGGAGCCCGGCGGUGCGACCCGGCCUGCCCUCCCCGGUGAUGGAGCCCAGUCGUAAGAGGCCAGCCCCCUCCCAGCAGGUCCAGCAGCAGCAGCAGCAGCAACAACAGCAGCAGCAGCAGCAGCAGGCCGUCCAGAACCGGGCCAGAAAGAAGCCAGUCGGAUUCCCCGGAGCCAAUGAGAUGCCGGCGAGGCAGAUGGACAUGAGAGAGCCCCAAUCAGAUCCCACGCUCGGAUCAAAUGCUAAGAGAAGGAAAAUGGCAGACAAGAUUCUUCCGCAAAGGAUCCGUGAGCUGGUCCCCGAGUCUCAGGCCUACAUGGACCUGCUGGCGUUUGAGCGCAAACUGGAUCAGACCAUCAUGCGCAAACGUGUGGACAUCCAGGAGGCAUUGAAGAGACCAAUGAAGCAGCAAAAGCGUAAACUGAGACUUUACAUAUCCAACACCUUCAACCCCGCCAGACCUGACGCCGAUGACUCGGACGGCAGCAUUGCAUCGUGGGAACUGCGUGUAGAGGGGAAGUUGCUGGAUGAUCCGGGAAAGCAGAAGAAGAAGUUCUCUUCGUUUUUUAAGAGCCUGGUGAUCGAGCUGGACAAAGACCUCUACGGUCCUGACAACCACCUGGUUGAGUGGCACCGCACGCCAACCACCCAGGAGACGGACGGCUUCCAGGUGAAAAGGCCCGGAGACGUGAGCGUGCGCUGCACUCUGCUGCUGAUGCUGGACUAUCAGCCUCCCCAGUUUAAGCUGGACCCUCGCUUGGCUCGCCUGCUUGGCAUUCACACUCAGACCCGCUCCUGCAUCAUCCAGGCCCUCUGGCAGUACAUCAAGACCAACAAGCUGCAGGACUCCCAUGACAAGGAGUACAUCAACUGUGACAAGUACUUCCAGCAGAUUUUUGACUGCCCUCGGCUGAAGUUCUCAGAGAUCCCUCAGCGUCUCACCAACCUCCUCUUACCCCCUGACCCCAUCGUCAUCAACCACGUCAUCAGCGUGGAUCCCAACGACCAGAAGAAGACGGCCUGCUACGACAUCGACGUGGAGGUGGAAGACCCCCUGAAGAGCCAGAUGAGCAGCUUCCUCCUCUCCACCGCCAACCAGCAGGAAAUCGCCUCACUCGACAACAAGAUCCACGAGACCAUCGAGUCCAUCAACCAGCUGAAGAUCCAGAGGGACUUCAUGCUCAGUUUCUCCCGAGAUCCCAAGGGCUACAUCCAGGACUGGCUCAAAUCCCAGAGCAGAGACCUUAAGCUAAUGACAGAUGUGGUGGGGAACCCUGAAGAGGAGAGGAGGGCGGCGUUUUACCAUGAGCCCUGGUCCCAGGAGGCUGUCAGCCGCUAUUUCUACUGCAAGAUCCAGCAGAGGAGACAGGAGCUGGAGCAGGCCUUAGCAGUGCGCAACACCUAAGCCGAGACCCGCUUGAAUCUGUGCAUCUGACGUCAGAGCUGUUUGUGUGUGUGUGUGUUUGGAUGUGUGUGAGGCCAUCGUGGUGAAACCUCAGAGCUCUAAAAAUGUCGGUAACCAAAAAAAAAAAAUAAAGAAAAGCCUUUGUCUGGGUCGGCCGCCAAUCACAGAGGUUUUUUUUUUUCCGAUGUUUUGAAAUGGCGGAGGUGGUUUUUCCCCUCACGUGUUGAAGCCAGCCCUCGAUGCACAUAUGCGGACACAAAGCUGCAUAUCUGUCCCUGUUUUUGUGCAGGACCGUGAGGACAUCCCCAUUAACUGCAUGUAUUAACCCCCCACCACCACCCCCUCCCACCAGAGGUCAAGCCCUCAGACCACAGGCAUCCUCAGACUUACUGCCUGAUAAACACAACCUCCUCUUCCAUCUUCCACUCUCUGCUUUUUGUAAAUAUGUCACAGAUACGUCAAGAGAAAAGAAUUCUCUGAAUCGGAUGCCCACACACUGCAUUGUUUUUGGAUCCCGAUCUUCGAGAGUUCGCUGCGGUGACCGACAGAAAUGUAACAUGAUGUAACCCCGUGUCACAGUGGAUCCUCGCAGAGCUUUGGAUGGGACUUCACUUUUUAUGUUUUCCAGCUCUUUUUGAAACGUUUGUGUGUGUGUGUGUGUGUGUGUUUUCAUCUGUACUCUGGAGGAGUGUGUUUUCGAAAGAUUGAUUAACUACACCAGCAAAGUUGAGAUUACAGUGUGAUACGUUGGGUUGGAUUUCGUUCAUUUGCAGGUUUUGUUGUUUUUUGCUUCUUUUUUUUUUGAGGGAAUUAAUUGGAAAACCCCCAGUGUGUCUCGCCAGUAAAGUCUUUUUACUGUAACUCCUACAACAGUAUUAGUUACAUGAAUUAAAGUAUUAUCACAUUAACAGCUCUGUGUCUGUAUAGCAACAAAAGGAGUCUCGCUGAAGGAGAAACAAGUAUUCUUGUAUUAUUAAUAGCUUUUAUCUUCCCUUAAUCAUAGCAAAAUGGCAAAUACAUGUUGGUCGACUGUUUCUUUCGUCAAAGUCACUCACUGCCUCUGAUUUGUGUGCUAUUUUGCCAGUUAAUGUCUUGAAGGUGUUACCAAAGGUUGCAACAUAAAGAAGAGAAAAAUGAUCACUGAAAAAGAAGUGGGCAAAGUAUUCCUCACCUGGGUUUAUCGCAACUUUCCGAAAGAUGUCUCAGCAAAUCUGAGCAACUCGGGUUGCUGCAGAGAGAAUUUACUCCCAGAUGUUUGUAGCCAAUUAGACCUCACGGUUUUGUAAACAAACCCUAAAACCGCUAUUGCUACAGUCGAACCCUUAAAUCCAGGUGUGGAGAAUCGUGUCCUUUUCUUCACUUUUUAUGUUACAUGAAGAAGAAAAAUGAAGUUUUUUUUUUCUUUUCUAGAGAUGUGAAUGUAAAUAUGUUUUUGUCUGCUAAGAGGGCCAUCUGUACAGUAUGUGACAGACUAUCUGUGUUUGUUUUGGGGUGAAUUUGGGGGAGGCGGGAGGGGGGUGGGCGGGCUGAGUUUCAUGGUGCAUUAUGGGAGCUCCAUGAGUUUUGAAUUAGUAGGGCAGGAAUGUUAGUGUUCCUCAGUGUACUAUCUUGGGUUGGGGUGGUUUAUUUUAGGUCCAUCCCGUAACUGUCGUGGGAGCUGGAAGCUGCAAGAAAGACCUCCCUCGCUUUCAGUCUCAGUAGCUGUAACACACAAGAUAUAAUCUGCACCGAUUUCCUUGAACACUUUUUUUUUAAUGACACUUGACUUGUAUGUAUAUAUUGUAAUGUCAGAUGGAGGAUUUUUUUUUUCUCAGCAGUCAGUUUCUAGCUGGAACCUUUUUCCGGGUUUCUUUGCACUGUGCUGUAAUCCUUUGUCGGGACUCUCUUCGUCGUGGGUGAGACCCCAUUUUUAUUAUCCCAGCAUACAGAGAGAAAAGAAAAACAAAAAGACAGAUUGGACGAUUUCACGAUGACCUAUGCAUGCUCCAUGGACGUUAAUUAAAACAUCUGACGAGACAGUGUGUAAAUAUAAAAAGCUGGCAUAGCAGUCUGUGUGACGAGCAGAAAGACUUGUUGAAAUGCCUUCUGGAAACUCUUUUGCCAAAAAUGAUAUGCCCUACCAGCAACUAACUGUAGGUGUUUUUUUUUUCUGAACUGUGUUUUUGUUACUAAGUUAUAUUAAAAAGCACUCAUUAGAGGAGAAACAGUAGUCAUUGGUAGUAUCUUAGUCCUGUGUCUGACCUGGAGUGAUUUGUCUUUGUAUGGCCAGGGCUUUCACAUUGUUGUCAAACAGUCACUGAUUCACUAGCACCCUCUUGUGGAGGAAACUAGAAGCUACAACUCCUGGGUGACCUCAGCGUUGAGCACCACAGUUAUCAGAAUACCUGACAAAAUGUUAACAGACUACUGUGUCUUCUGUUUCUAAUACCCUGACAUACUGUUGACAUGUUUGUCCCACUCCCUGCAUGUGUUUGUGAAGAGUGGGAUCUGCUCUUUCUCUCUGUUUACACUGUUGUCAGAGCGUCACCGACAGGGAGGUAAUAGUAUACAUAAUACUGUGUAUCUGUUAGAGCAAACUCGUUUGGUGAUCCUACAAAAAAAAAAAAGAAAGAAAGAAAAAGGGAAAACAGCUGUGAUAUUGCGAGACAGUCUGGAUGUAAAUAAAGAAGCGCUUGCCAAAGUUUGUAAAUUCCA